AUGAAACUGACCCGCCCAUCGCGGCACCCGCAGAAUAGCCACUUCUUCUGGAACCUCGCCUCCGUCCGGGCCAUCGUGCCGGGCGUGCUGAAAGAGGAACAGUACUCGCGCUCGAUUGCCGAGGGCUUCGCCAAGUAUCCCGACGACGCCUUCGAGUUCAUCGUCGGCAGCGCCGAGGCCGUGGACCCAACGGCCAAAACCGUGCGCGUCUCAACCACCAGCGGCGCCGAGCAGCGCGAGCUGACCUACGACCACCUGGUGCUGGCGACGGGCACGCGCUGCGUCGACACUGCCGUGCCGUGGAAGAACAACGGCACGCGCGAUGAGAUCUCGUCGCUGAUGGCGCAGACGCAGGCCAAGGUGAAAGCAGCAAAGCACAUCGUGGUCGCCGGCGCGGGUGCGACGGGCGUAGAGGUCGCCGCCGAGCUGGCCUUCGAGUACGCCCAGGGCAACGACAAAAAGGAGAUCAUCCUCCUAUCCGCCCACGAGCAGGUCCUCGACGGCGACAGCCUAGCGCCCAACGCCACGUCAGAACUGCACAAGCUAGGCGUGCAGAUCCGGCCCAGCGCGCGCGUCGCGCGCACGCACGAGCUGCCCGACGGCAGCGGCAAGACCGAGGUCGUGCUGGAGAACGGCGACACGGUCGUCACGGACCUGUACCUGCCCACCAUGGGCAUGGCGCCCAACACCGAGUACCUCCCCGCGGCGCUGCUGUCAAAGCAAAAAUUCGUCGAUGUCGACGAGUUCUACCGCGUCAAGAACGCCGAGGGCGUGUGGGCCGCCGGCGAUAUUGUGUGGAAGCCGCGCGGGAGCUUUGUGCUUACGGAUAAGCAGGCCGCCGGCGUAGCCAAGAACGUCGACGCCGCGCUGCGCGGCAAGGCGCCGUCCGUCGUCAAGACGCUGCCCAUGGACGUGCUCGCACUGGCGACGGGCCGCAGCCGCGGGUGCGGCCGCAUGGGCCCGGUCAAGAUGUUCUCCUUCAUGGUGUAUUACAUCAAGGGCAAGACGCUGGGGAUCCAGCACCUGCCGGCUUAUGUUGAUGGGACACAGUUUUAA